GCUUCCGUGACGUCACAGUUCCCAGGUGUGGCCCCGGGAAGCAGGUAGACAGUUGCUGUGAGGCGCGCGCCGCAGACAGCAAUCAGUGUAGUAAAAAACGGAAAAAAGGCACUGGCGCUGUGUGCGAGUGUGGGGAGGAAGCUUCAUACGUUUGUUUGGACAGAGGAAGGAAGUUUGUGACCGGAUAAAGCAUGAACGCUCUAUAAUUAUCUCCCACUUUUCUCACGGGGACGGAGAGAAGACGGGAGUCGACGGUUCGUCCGGGAACGCGGAGGAAUGCUGCUGAAAAGGGGCUUUCACCUCAGAAACGGCCCGUGACUCCCGCAGCUCCCAUUCAAACGCCGCUGCGAUCGGCUCCCGCUUCACCUCCACCCGGGUGACAUAUUUAGGAGCCCCCGGAGCCGUCUGCACGUUUCCCGUUGAAGGUCCGGCGCUACAGCAGGGAUGGAGGACGUCGACGUCGAGCAGGUGGAGCCGUUGCCCGUGGACAGAGACGGGAGGCGGCUGAGGGAGGCGGAGGACCAGCCUGACGGUAUCCCGGUGCCGGGCUGCUGCGAGAGGCUCCACCAGCACAUCUCUCGGUGGAUGCUUCCGGAAGACCUGAGAGAAACCUACCUGGAACGGGCCAACUGCCUGCCCCCGCCCAUCUUCAUCAUCCUCAUCAGUAUUGCAGAGCUGGCAGUGUUUAUCUACUACGCCGUGUGGAAGCCACAGAAGCAGUGGAUCACGCUGGGCGAAGGCAUCUGGAACAGCCCCCUGUCGUACAAGCCGGACCACAGGCAGGAGGCGUGGCGCUUUCUCUCCUACAUGUUCGUCCACGCGGGCGUGCAGCACAUCCUGGGGAACCUGGUGAUGCAGCUGCUGCUGGGCAUCCCGCUGGAGCUGGUGCAUAAAGGCUUUGAAGUGGGAAUGGUUUAUCUGUCCGGUGUCCUGGCAGGCUCGUUGGCCAGCUCCAUCUUUGAUCCCCUCAGCAGCUUGGUGGGGGCGUCCGGUGGCGUUUACGCCCUGAUAGGGGGCUACUUCAUGAACGCAGUGGUGAAUUUCCGGGAGAUGCUUCCUCUCCUUGGAGUGUUCCGUAUCCUCGUCAUAGUGAUCAUUGUCGGCACCGAUUUUGGAUUUGCCAUCUACAGGAGAUUCAUCAUUCACCAGGAGGACAUGAAGGUGUCUUUCGUGGCCCAUUUUGGAGGGAUCGCGGCUGGCAUGACCGUGGGCUACGUCUUCUUCAGCGCCUACAACCAGAAGCUCCUCCACGACCCGCGUUUCUGGCUGUGUAUCGCAGGGUAUACAGCGUUCGUGGUCUUUGCUGUGCUCUUCAACAUCUUCCUCUCGCCGGCACCGUAGGAUCUCCUCCCGUUUUCCACCACUCGAAGCCUUACCAUCACUCAGGAAGCUGCACUGUACUGAUGAUUUGUUUGUUUCCAAUGAGCUCCUGUUUUUAGAAGCAGUUGUAGUAGAGGCGCCACCCGCUGGUGAAGUGCAGUAUUACAGCUGGCAUGUGGACUUCAGGCGUUUUUUUUAUUGGUGAUUAGUUCUGUGCUGAUAUUUUUCUUUGUAUGAUCUUUGCUCUUUUAUAUUAGAAAUUUUGUACUUUUUUAAACUUUUCUUUGAAUAACAGAAAUCCUCAACGCAUCAAAAACUCUGUUUGGUUUAGGUGUGAUAGGCAUCAUCAGGUUCCAGCUGCCGUUCAGCUUGGUUCAGGAAAUUAUUACUAGAUUAUAACUGUGACCAAACAGAGACCUCCUGCACUUGGUUUAAGAUUUCCGUAGCCUGACUUGUAGUGUAUUCUUAAUAAAAUUAGAUGUUUUAUA